AUGUCUCGAUCUCAAUCUUUGACUCUGGAACUUCAGUCAAUUCGUGAUGGCAAAGCUUCUAUUGAACACCAAAUUGAUAUCCACGUGAACGACCUGUUCGGCGUUCAAGAAAGUUUACAGUUAUCACUCGAGGAUGUAUUGGAUGGUCUGAGUUAUGUUAUGGACUACCGCAUUAAGGGUGGUCGACUACCAAAUUUGGAUUUCGAACUAAUGAGAAGAUUGUGCGAAGGUUUAUUGUUAACAAUGUCCUCCACAGAAG